UAGCGACACGCUCAUGGUCUAAAACACGAAACAGAAAUAUUUACUUGGAGAUCAAACUUUGCGGAAUGUAUCAGACAGAGUUGAAAGGGAAGUUAGGCCAGCUGCCUCUCAAAUGUGUUAAAGCACUGGAACACGGGAUGUAGAAUAAGAAGCUCUUACACAACAGAGGAGUGACGUGUUUCCAUUCUUGGCAGAGAGUUUUGUUUGCUUUGAAAUGCAAUUGGGCAGAGAGUUUUGUUUGCUUUGAAAUGAAAUUUAAUAUGACUUUGUACUUGUGGCAGAAUUUCUCACAUUGAAGCAAUUCCACUCCACCUUAGCCGUGAUCCAAAUGAAUGAAGCAAAGCGCUGUUGUUUUCUACUCAUCAACGAUUAAGCUUCAACAUUCCGCAAACAAACGUGCCACUCAACAUCGGGCACAUGUUUGAAUCUUACAAAAGGCUUUUUACACAUGGGAUUGCGACGACUAACGCGCUUAAAUAAAAGCCCCUUUUGGAUUUGUGCAUAUGAAAAGAACACUUACUUAACUGAUCCCAGAAUAAUUUGAAAGUACUAAUGCAAUACUGUACAGCAAUGAGAAGCUGGUUUAUCCAAAUGACUUUUGUUUUCUUUUGUUUCUUUCUUCACAUUUUGCUAUAUUUCUCUUCAAAGGGCACUCGUGCACAAAGCAAAUGCCUGGAUGGAUUUGGGAUUAGUAAUUGUGGACUUGUCUUAAGGGAUAAACUAGCAGCAGCGCGAGUGAAAGCCUCUUUUUGAGCGGCCUCCUUGAUUUCAGUUGCAUGUGAGCUCAGGUACAAGGAUAACUUGUACACAUCCAGCACGUCCCCAAACAGGAAAAGGUAGGUUGAAAGACAUUUGAAUCAUUGAAAACUUUUUUGUUUUUGAUUGUUUCACUUUUUCUUCUCCUUAUUAAUCUUAGAUUCCCAGCUCUGCUAUUACCAUGGCUGCAAAAAAUAGUUCAAUUUCAAUUACUUAGUUCUCUUUCGCUCAGGGAUGCUACUGACACAUAGUGACGAGGCAAAUAAUACAAUGCUAACUGGCAGAAGGGACCUAAUUAUCCUGUGUGCCUCCUUUUUAUGACAUUGUUGGUGGUGUGUCAAGGUAUGAGAUUUAUAAAACAUGUGUUAUGGCUAUGAGAGCGUUAUCUGUCAUGCGUCGAUAUACGUAUUAGACUUGUCAUUUUUGAUUGUUCUCCUUUUGAAUUGUUGUUCAUCUAAAUGUGGGUCAUUCUUGGAUGAGCUAAAACAAACAAAUUCAACGUAAAAGUCUGUCAAUAAAGAUAAAGAGUAAGAAUUCCAAUUUUAAUGGAACCAUUUAAAAUUUGCCUCAUUAACUGAUUACUUCAUAAAUCAAAUGAAUACAUGUUGAAUUUAUAGGUGUAGUUGCUCCCAUUUAGUAUUCAAUGUACUUAGUUCAAAUAUUUGAUAUUGUCGGUUAGCAAUUACUGACAUUCAUUGGACACAUUCAUUGAAAUCAGAAAAUGAUGGGCCAAUAUGUAUAUGUGUAAAACAAAUAAGCCAAUAAUGAGGACUGCAAGCUAGAGUUUGCCGAGCCCGGGGUUCCAAGAAGCUCGUGUCGGUUUAAACAAGACAUUGUUGAAAAUGUCACCGUUUAAGCUGUCGGAAUAUAGACUGAUGCUUAUUUGUUUGCCCAACAGUAAGGCCGGAAAAUAAUUGGCUCCCAGCAGCUGGUAAGCAGCUCGGUUCCUACGUGCAAACAAUGCAAAUGCCUUUCCUAAGCGUAUUCAGUAAAGAUUGCUCAUGUGACCCCAAGCAGUGAAAUCCUACCAGCGAAAAUAACGCUGCUGCUGCAGUCAGACUUUGACCCAUUUCCGAUUGAACGAUUGAGUUUUGCCACGUUUCAUGUCACAUACGGAAUAUUGGAUUGCAGGUGACAACCAAGGCCACUUGAGCGCCUGGAGGCAGAACAAACAUGGAGUUUGUUUAUGCGCUUUUAGGGGACAACGCUUGGCUGUACAUCAGCGGCACCUUUGCCGUGUUGUGGAUGGCCGCGUGGCUGUACAGAGACAGCCUGGAAAUGGAAGAGGUCGCCAACAAAUACGUCUUUGUGAGCGGCUGCGACUCGGGCUUCGGAAACCUGCUGUGCAAAAAGCUGGAGCGAAAGGGCUUCCGCGUGCUGGCCGGCUGCCUGACCCAAAAAGGAGCCGAGGAGCUGAAGAAGAUGACGGGGCCCUACUUGAAGACGGUGCUGCUGGAUGUGACCAGUCAGGACAGCAUCCAGAAAGCCAUGGAGUGGACCGAGAAGGAGGUUGGCGACAGUGGCCUUUGGGGUAUGGUGAACAAUGCCGGGCGUUCUCUGCCCAUGGGCCCCAGCGAGUGGAUGAAAGUGGAGGACUUCCACAGCACGCUCAAGGUCAACAUGAACGGCACCAUCGGCAUGACCGUCACCUUCCUGCCUCUGGUCAAGAAAGCUGCUGGGCGCAUCGUCAACGUGGCAUCCGUGCUGGGCCGGGUGGCGGCAAACGGCGGCGGCUACUGCAUCUCCAAGUUUGCUGUGGAGUCCUUCUCUGAUUGCCUGAGGAGAGACAUCAACUACUUCGGGGUGAAGGUGUGCAUCAUUGAGCCAGGUUUCUUCAAGACGGCCGUGACCAGCUUGGAGCCCAUCGAAAGGGAACUGCACCGCUUGUGGAACCAGCUCAGCCCUGAAGUGCAAGCCAGCUAUGGGGACAAAUACCUGGACAAGUACAUUAGGAUCCAGCGCUUCAUCAUGAACGCCAUCUGCGACUCGGAUUUGACCAAGGUGACGAGCUGCAUGGAGCACGCGCUGACCGCCGUGUACCCUCGGAGCCGCUACAGCGCCGGGUGGGACGCCAAGCUUCUGUGGAUCCCGCUAUCCUACAUGCCGUCCUGCGUGGUGGAUAUUGGACUCAAGCUUGUUCUGCCCCGUCCGUCUAAGAGCGUGUGACUGGACAGCUAAUAGCGUGAGUCAUUCUCCCUGUGAAAAAAUGGAUCGUUGUCCAGAAUCACCUGCUCUAUAAUUACAAAGGGGCAUCAUGUCCCGAAUAGAACUUAGUCAUCAAAUGUGCCUUUUGCCAUCAAAUAUGGCUUCUUGAUGUGAACAACAAAAGGAUACAGUUCAAUA